AUGAGCAGUCGCUCGAAUCGUCCCGCUGCACCAUUCACAGCAGUGCAAAAGCGGAGCUUCAAAAGGGCCUGCCGCAGAGCGAUUUUGAAUGGGUCCUCGCAUUAUCAUGGCAGCUGCAUGCGCGUCGAGGACUUCCCACCAGCCUUGGUUCAGAAGCUUCAAGCGGAAUCCCCAUUGACACGAUGCCCUCGGACUCACAGCACUACGGCCCCGCAUAAGGGCCGCCUGACCUGCCUACAUUGGAAUCCUGGAGGACUGGCUCAGUCCACGCUUGCUGAAAUACGACUAUGGCUGCAACGACAUCCUGUGGACAUCGUUGUCUUAACGGAGACGCGUUGGAGCUUUUCAUCCACUUGGACUGACAAAGCAUGGAUGUAUGUGCAUUCAGCUUCUGAUGACUACAAAAGUGGGGGUAUAUUGAUCAUGAUCUCCAGACGUUUGGCAUGCCCGGAACAGAUUGGCCAUCAGGCCAUUGUGGAUGGACGGUUGGUCCAUGUCAGGGUACACUUUGACUCCCGGGCGCUGGACAUCCUGGCGAUUUACCAGUACGUGGACAACCGUACAACGAUCUCAGCUCAGAAGAGGGAACAGGCACGACUCCGCGAAAUCUUGCAACUGCAUGGCCUCACGGCCAUCAACACUUGGGGAGCAUCAGGACGGCUGGUCUUCAGGAGACUCAAGCAUGGCACAGCCUACGCCAACAAGUUGUCGAAGCCGUUCAUGCGGAUCAUCAGGCCUGGCAUUCUCGCUGCCGAUAUCAAGUACUUCAACGUGCACAGCAGAAAGCUAUCCGCCAGGGGUCCAGAUGGCACAAUAGCUGAUCAGUACAUGGCUCAUUCCCUCACAGUGGCAUUCGUGAAGCAGAUGUGGCAAGGCCCCAGCAGACUGCCAACUUACUAUGCUGCCCCGCCGGGGAUUCCUUUUGAGCUUGAGGAAUUGGUCGAGGCAGUGGCAAAGGUCCACACCAACAAGUCAGUUGCACAGCCUUUCCUAUGCAUCCGGGAGAUGGUGGCCGCCCAUCGGCGCACUACCAAGAAUCAAAUUGCCAAUACCGCCAAGCUCACCAUUUGUGGCGGCCUUUCACUGUUUUUGGACUUGAAUCGGGCCUUCGACAGUGCAGAUAGGCGUGCGAUUUUCGACCAUCUCAUCCAACUUGGAACACCGCCCAAUUUGGUGCAGUUGGCAGCCAGCUGGCAUGAACACACUCAUUACAAUCUUUCCUUUAGGGGUGCCACCACUUCAAUCCCCGUAGGAAAGGGCCUACGCCAAGGGUGUAAACUGGCCCCCCUAUUGUGGGUGAGUUUCAUGGACCUUUUUUUGCGUCAAGUGGCCAAUCGAUGUGGUUAUCAAUGGGUUCACGACUGUUUGACGAUCUACGCAGACGAUGUUCAUGUAGGCUGCCAAUUUCGAUCCAAACAAGAACUCCAAACCCACUUGGUGAAUAUAGGUCAUACUCUGGACGUGAUAGAAAACCUGAAGCUGUCCUUGUCCUACUCCAAGUCAUUUAUGUUGAUUGCCUAUGCUGGCACAAAUGCACGGGCAGCUCUCAAAGAUGUCUUGCAACGAUCGCCCACAGGGGCCAGCAUCCGAGUGCCACGCCUGGGAAGAGAACACACCUGCUUGCCGCUGCGUAGUAAGGGAUCCUAUCUAGGUGUUUGCAUCAGCUAUCAUGCCUUUGAGAUGUUGACUUGGCGACAUCGCAAACAAGCCAGCUGGUUGGCAUUUGCCCGGUUGCGUGCAUGGCUCAGGAGUAGGCAACUGACACGUGCCCAUCGCAUGUAUUUGUGGAAAACGUGUGUGUUCACUGUGCUCACUUAUGGGCUCUUGGCCACCAAUGUGACAAUUCCCGUUCUACUUGACUUUCAGGGGACUGUAUACAGAAUGGUCCGAGUAGUGCUUCAAGAUCACUCGUACAUCACGCACACCACACAUCAGGCAGCAUUCCAACAGCAUCGGAUAGAUCAGCCACUCGAUAUGCUUCGAGCCCUUGCUAUGGGCCUGCUGCAACGCAUCCAGAGGCGUGCAACCAUUUUAAGCCCCCAGGAUUUCUUGUGUCAAUUGGAUUGGACUCAGCUUCAAGACCUGUUGCAUCUCAUUCACAGUAUGCAAGCGCAUGCACCGGAGGUGCCCAUAAGUCCCUGCCCUGACGAUCCGAUCAGAGUGCAGGUGCCCCCCAUGCUGUCGCCAGAGCCCACGGAUGUGCGACUCACACCAAUGUCAGCCAGGGAAUUGCAUAGCCAUUACCGCCUUUACCAUGAUGAGCAGCUGAAAGGUGGGGUAGUCAAGGGUGCCCAACUCACACACGUGAUGCAGCUGGUCUCACCCUGUGCCCUGUGCAACAAGCAGUACAGCCGGGUCCACAGCUGUCCAGUGACUUUACAAAUUGGCAUUCUCCGUCUUCAGAUGCAGGAGCCUGAUAUCCGUGCUCAGCAGGAACUGACAUGUGAAGUUUGUGUUCAACAGUUUGAUGAUCAGGGGCAAUUGUAUCAGCACAUGGCCAGGGACCACAACCAAACCUUGAGCGAUUGGGUCCCAUCAAGGGACUCUGUCCAGGGCAGUGAUCAAUGCCGUCACUGCUCCAUGCAGUUCGACAGCCGCUCCGGCUUGAGGCGCCACAUCACUGAAGGCAGAUGCGAGGCAUUUGACCCGCUGGCUUCUCACAACCCAACGGACAAUACAGCCAAAUGGAGUGCCUGGCUUCACCAAGGGGAUUUUUCUCCCACUGGCCUUUCUGCCCACCAACGGCUUCAGUUGACCACCACCUGUCAGUUCUGUGAGGUUGCGAUGAUGAUGGCCAACAGCGAUGUGCAGCUCUUGGUACCGACACAGUUCCAUGUGGACACAUUGAUUAUCGGUGCACGUUGUGUCAACAAAUCUACAAUUUGCCUUCAGCAGACAGUGACAUGCCACCGUUGCAACGCGUACAGCUGCAAAAGAGUCAUUUUGUCUCAAGCUGCCCGGUGGCCCUUCAGAUUGCCAUAUUGCUGCAGCCAAUUCAUGGACGCUCUGAUGGAUCCCAACGAUCAGGCCCUGAUGGAUGGAUUGGCAGCUCUUGGCCCCCUUCUGUUGGGCUCACGGAAGCAUCACGAGGGAAGCGUCGAAGAACAGCAUCCCAAGCGGCACAAGGCCAAGGCCAAAGAAGAGCAAGACCACGACGGGCUCAACAAGGAGGCGAUCACAACACUCCUGCGGCUGAUGGGCCAACUUCUUCUCAACCACGAGAGGAGCAUCCAGCUCAACCAGCGACAGGACUGCUUCGUUUUGUUCUGCCAAAAUCGACCGGAAGGCAUUGUCCCCCACCUCACGAUGUUGGCCAGCAAGUGGCGGGAGGAAUGGCCCCAGCAGAAGGACAACCUGAGAUGGCCCAACCUCCGGACCUACCUGAUGAAGGGAGUGAUCACAGAACUCCUCAGGCGAGUCCAGCAGCUGGCAGCCACCAAACCAGGCGACCAACUUUGGGACGUGGCGGUGAGCAAGGGAACAAUUCACCCAGAUGGGAGCUGGGGCUAUCAGAAGUGGUCACAGGAGACGAAGCAGCUGAUCAAGGCCUCCCGCAGCCCGGUGGCCAUGGCCCAGAUGAUCCGGAACCUUCAGAUCCUGGAGGAGCAAUUCCAGAGCAACGCGCACGUAGUGAGAUUUCAGAGCCUCAAGAACACCCAGAGCAGCCAGGAAGCCAUCCCGUGGAUCCUUCAGAUCUCGCAUCGGGAAGCCGAAGCCUGGGAACUUUUGGUGGAACUUUGCCACAACACAGUGUGGUCGUUGUUGGGCAUGUCGGCCAAACAGCACUCCCAGGUGCUCUCGAAACCGGCCUUGCAAGACAUCCCAGAGUCCUUAGAUGCUGCUUCCAGACAGAGCCUGAGAGACCGAGCACUGAACCUUGCCAUGGCCAAUCCGGGGAAUGACUGCUAUGCCAAUAGCGCUUUUGUGAGUUUGAUCUGGGCCACCUUAUCCAGAUCUGCUUUUGUCUUUCAAGACUGGGGCGCACGAUCAGCCAUCCUCCAACAGACCCUUGAACUUGCAGAUGGGACCCUUUUUUCAUUGGAGAAUGCUUCAUGGUUUCAGCACUUAUUAGAGGGUUGGAAUGAGGAUGGGGAGCAGGCUGACAGUGCGGAGUUUGCACAUAUGCUGUCCAGCUGGACUGCAAUGUCUGCCAUUUCCAAUUGCUGGGAGCGCCGUGUGCAGACAGAACAAGGCCUUGUGCUUCAUGAUGCAGGUGACAAGUUCAUGCCAUUGACACUGCAAUUUGAUCCCCAAUUGGUCGAUCACCAUGAAAUCCAGCUGUCCACAUUGCUCAGGACGUGGCACACCGAGCUUGGAAUGUUGGCUGGUCUUACGGACCCUGAGGACCUGCUUCUUUUACAUGUAGAUCGCAUGAUACAUGCUCCUGAUGGCACAGUCGUCAAGUGCCAAGCAGCCCUCAGGUUUGGAUGGGAGGUACAGAUACCAGUGCUGGGGCCCCAUGCAUGCACAUGGAUGCCAUACACAGUGAUUGCCUGCAUCGCUCAUCUGGGAGGUGCACACAACGGUCACUACCAGGCCCUCCUGCGUACCUUUCCAGAGGUUUCGGAUUUGGCCAACCCCUCAAUGUGGAUGCUUUGCGAUGAUGGGCACUCUCCACAGCGUAUCCUGAACGUGCCUGAGAUUUUUGCACAGGGCAUCACGUGCCUAUGGCUGUGCCAAACGAGCAAGGCCGACUUUCAUCGAUUGGCGCCGGGCCGUGACACAGCUGGCAUUGCCGACACUGAUCUCAUGGCCCUUUUGGCCACACAGCCAGAUCCUGAGCCGCCUAGUCGGCGCUUCUACCAAAUUCAGUCAGAUGGCCUUUUGCCAUGCCGUAUCUCGUCCGAGCAAUAUGAGCUGCCACAUCUUUUCCCGCCUGAUGUGGUAGAUUUGAGCAUCUUCCAUUUGAUUUUGUUUGCAUUCAACACGACGAUCCUACAGACAGUGCUUUUCAUCGCGCUCUGGAUCCCUGCUGCACUGGCACCAAUUGCAAUCUUGCCAGACCAAUAUUUUGCGUGGGGGUGGGCUCCCAUUCGACUGACUGGCCCAGUGAUUUCGACAGAGGGUGUGGACGACCCGAUUGACUGUUCCAUCAAUUUUGAAUACAAGCAAUUGAUAGGGGUGGGCUCCCUUUGUGACGAUUUUUCACUGGCCCAGCGACAACCGAUACGGAUUGACAAUCAGAGUGAGGGUUACACUCUUGUCAUGGAGAGUGUUGAAGUGUCUCAUGAUUGGAUUCCUGCCUUCCUCCAACAGUGUGACACAAAGCAACAUGACACGCGGCCAGAAACAUGCUUGAGAGCACAAGACUGGCGUGCUGCCCCUAAGCCUGUAGUGAAGCGCAGCAUCAAAAGGGCUUAUGUCCGAGCGGUGAAACAUGGAGUUGCAUGGUAUAAAGGUAGAUGCAUGACACCCAGCGCCUUUCCCAAAGCUCUGCAACAGCCUCAACCUGACCAUGCAUUGCCAGAACGGGACAAACCGUCCCCACAACUCACGCGUUGCAAUCGAAAACAUCAAGAUGCCAAGCGUUUUCGAAUGCUUCAAUGGAACGCCGGUGGACUGUCCACCCAUAGGUCACACGGAGGACCGUGCAAGUAUAAAUGGCGCAACCAAUGGACUCGCGGAGCCUCUCAUGCAGAUGAGGGCAAAUUCAUGUCCCUUGUCAGACUGCAUGGCCUGACGGCACUGAACUCUUGGGAUCCGUGUCUAGGCCCAACGUUCAUCCAAGCAGACAAGAGUUCACGUAUAGACUUUGUCUUUACACGGAAGUUAGCUGCUGAUGGAAUUGCCAAAGACACCAAAUAUGUUUGGGACGCGCCAUUUUGCACUGACCUGCACCAUGGACAUGCCCCGAUCCUCACUCAACUGCGCAAGACAUGGUAUGCUCCCAAAGAUAUGGGAACUGGCAUCACCACACAGCAGCGCCGCACUGGACACAUGGCCUAUCGUGCACAGACAGACACAUGGCAAGCUUUUCUGGAUCAGACCAGCACUGCACUGACGAAAGUAUUGAAUGAUGCCAGGACCUCAGAUGAACACUUGCUGCCAUGCCUACCUUUCACUGCCGAAGACCUGGAACGUGAGAUGUGCCGCAUUGAUCCGACCAAAGCCGUUGCGCGAAAAGGCGUCAGACAAGGCUGCCGUGCAGCCCCCCUGUUAUGGAAUGGGUACAUGUGGCUUUUCCUGACAGAACUGAGUCGGCUUGUCCCACCACAGUGGAUCCUCAAAUGCUUGAAUGUUUUUGCUGACGAUUGCCAGAUGGGUGAUGAGUUCCGAUCCCAAGAGGAACUUUACACACUGUUGCAUCACAUCAAUCAGACGCUGAUACUCUUGCAGAAGUUUGGACUGACCAUCAACCCAUCCAAGUGCACAGCCUUGCUCACCAUGGGAGGCACUUCACACAGACAGGUGCGCUCCAAACUGACUAUGUGGCGUGAUGGGAAAGAAUGGCUGCGUUUUGGCACUGCUGAACAUCCUCUUUGGAUCCAAAUUGAACACCAAGCCAAGUACUUGGGCACUGUGAUCACAUAUGCCAAUCAUGAACUUGCCACAGUGAAACAUCGAAUCAACCUUGCACGCGUUGCUUUUGGCCGCCUGAAGCGCCGGCUUACUGGCAAGAGAGGAUUGCAUCGCGCCCAGAGGAUUCAACUUUUCACUACUUGUGUCUAUCCAGUGAUGACAUAUGGCAUUUUUUCAUUGGGCAUCACCCUGCCUGGAAUGCAAUUGCUCCAGAAGACCAUGUACAGUAUGUUGCGGCAAAUUUUGCACAAUCAUGCAUACAUCACAGGGUUAACACAUGAGCAAGCACUUGCAACCAACCGCAUCGCCUUGCCAGCCACAUGGUUGCGGAACUCCGUUGAGUGCCUCCAGAGGUCCAUUCAGCAGCGAUUGCAACAUGCAGCAUCCACUGACCUGAUCCACACCUUAGAUUGGAGUCACUUGCAUGAGCUGAUUGACCUUUUUCAUGGACAUGUGCAUGCAGGCUCAGAAGUUCUUAUUGCCCCUGACGUCCAAGACGUGUUGCAAGCUGGACCUCCUGACUGUUGGAGCAAGUCCGACCCACUGGCAGCUGAUCUGCUGCAACCUGAGCAAAUGUUUGCACCAAAACAGGAUCCAUCAGUACGUGGAGCUGCCAUGCUGACAGAUGCUGACCUGCUCAAUAUUUUGAGCCAGGAGUGGGGACGCCGUGUUCUCACCAUCGUUGGGUCACGUACCUGGCACCAUAUGAAGAAGGAGACAGAUGCAUGCAGGUAUCUGACCAACAGAUGCUGCCUGUGCGAUCAGUUUGUAGGCCGCACACAAGAGAUGAACCGACACUACAAACUGCAUCACCCUGAGUUUUGGCCAAACAUGCAAAGCAAGGGGCAUCAACUCACAAACCUUUAUGGCGAGGAGCCACCAUGCCCCUUUUGCAAUGAGCUCUUCAAGGCCAAUCAUCAAUGUCCGAUCUGGACGCAGCUGGCAAUGUUGUUAAUUUACGGAGGAGGCCUGACGUCAGACCAGACUCCUGCACCUGUGACCUUGCGUUGUGAAAUUUGCAUGGAAACAUUUGACAGCAGUGACAAGUUGCAUGAACACUUGACUGGCGUUCACCACUUGAAAAGCCAGAGCUUCAACCCAGCACGAGACACGCUGGAUGGAGAACCGGUGUGCAAUCACUGCUACAAGAUGUAUGACAGCCUGGAAUCCCUGCGCUCUCACAUAAACCAAGGCAGGUGCAUGAAAUUUUGCCCAGACCUUCCAACGGAAGUCAUUGAUGUUCAACCACAAUGGAUCAAAGCCAUGUGUGAGGGACUCUUAGUGGAUACACUCCGUGAUGCACAUGUUCGACUUCAAUUAACGUUGCGAUGCCAGAAUUGCAGCAGCCGGUACACACGACCCAUGGACCUGGCAGGCCACCUUCAAACAGCCCAUGGCCGGCUCUGGUCGACCGCUCAGGGAUUGACUAGCCUCAUGGUCCAACUGCUGUACAAUCAAUUAGGUUGCCUGUGCAACCCGAGCACGGGAGCACAUCGAGCCAGUCAUGUCUGUCUGCCUAUCCGACAGCUAUGCAUGCAGUUCAUGAGACUUCCUGGCCUGAUCCUUUUCCCACAUCGCCCCACAGAUGAAGAAUUGGUUCAAAUGUUUUCCUUGCGUAUGCCCAGAUCCCAAAGAUUUUUGCUGGAACGCUCACUCACUGCUGGAGCUCUUGCUGAUUUUUGGACGGAACCGGAUCACUUGACCAUGCUGAGGCAACAUUGCGUGCUCUGUGGCACCACCAUGCACCCAGCAGACCUUGUCCUUCACAUGUAUGAGGCGCACCAAUGUGGACAGGAUUUUGUGACCUUUCUCAAACAACUGCUGCUUAGCAAAUUCACAGCCAAACAGGUGAGCAGUCAGGUCUUGAGUGCUUUCCAGGCCAUUGGACCUCUGCUGGACAAACACCUGACCCUGACACCCAAUCCAGCGGCAACCAAGCGGCAAAGAAAAGGAGAGUUGGACAAACCGCACGGCAAGCACCAAGCAAAUCAGCAGGCCGACAAGAUCAACGUGGCUCAGGCACUGACGCUCCUGACCAAGCUGGCUCUUCGCCUGGACAAGGACAUGCAGCAACUGAAGACAGAAGACACAUUUAUCUUCUUCUUCGGGCACAAGGGGCCAAACAACAGCCUCCAAUGCCUGAUUCAAGCCACGGAAGAGUGGGCUCAGAAUCGCCAACUGCCCACGCCGAAGAAGCCACUGAUGCCGUUGCGACAACAUCUCAUGCAGGUGGUGAUCAACACGCUCAUGACCCGUCUGACAGCCCUCGGGGAAGCCAAGGAUGGCUCAGAGAUUCAAGUGGCAGCCCUCAAGAGCCUGAUCCUCUUGCCAGACAAGACGUGCCCGUAUCUGGAAUGGGACCAAUCCACGAAGCAAUUGAAGGUGAGCCAACGACCGCCACUGAGUCUGACCAGACUGAUGCAGCUUUGCACGGACAUGGCGGAAGCCCUGACGGAUGUCAACCUGGUGACCUCCUUUCAUGCCCUGCCGACGACAAGUCAGGAAGUGGCCCCAUGGAAGCUCACCUUGAGCCUGAGAAUAGACACUCCAUGGCAGCUGAUGCAGACCAUGUCGCAUUCAGCCAUAUGGCUGCUGAUGGGAACCUCGCUGAAGCCACAUGGUCAGCGCCAAAGCCCUUUGGCACACAGCCUCCAGCAGGCCAUGGGCAUGACCAAGGCCCCCAAGGGCAAAGGGAAGGGCAAAUUCAAAGCCACGCCUCUCAAACAGGCAGAUGGCAUGAACACUGCACUACUCGAGGCACCCACUUGCCUGUGCGUUCAUUUGGAACGCCAUGUCCAUGAUGUCACCGGCCAAGCAAUGCUGAGUGAAUGCAAGAUCAAUCUGGACACAGUUUGCCUGGUUCCUGUCUUCACAAACCAGACCUUGUCAUGGGACAAUGUUGAAUACCAGAUUGCUGCCCUUAUGACACAUUUGGGUACUGAUGGUGCUGGCCAUUAUCGCUCAGCCCUGCGCACAAGACCUUCCUUGGUCAAUGCCACUACACCUGCAGAAUGGCUCCUGACUGAUGAUUGGACCGCCCCGGUCACAGCAUGGCAGGCACCACAAUGGAUGACCCGCCGAGCCAAUAUGUUCUGGCUGAUUCGAACUGACUGCAUCCACCUUUUGCAAUAUGUGAGACGCAUGAUGGAGAGGGAUCAAACUGAGGAACAUGGCACGGCCUGA